AAAAAUUAAUAUCCGGAAAUGUUGGCAGAAUUGAUUGUCGGAAUAUUUUUACAUCCACCAUUAUAUGGCUUGGUUAAAUUUCUGAAGUGCAUAGUUUUUUGUUAUGAAAGUAAUUGUUAAAUUGUGUUUAUAAUAACAAUGUGAUUCUCAUAAAUUUCGUAGCGCAAUAUAACUAUUCGCGAUUUUAAAAAUAUUUGACCAUAUUGUGAUAAAGGGGAACCAAACAAUCAGAAAAAGCCGGGAUUUUAAUACUGAGCAAGGUUUAAGAAAAACCAAAUUUGUUUUUGUUGGUUUACUUUACCUACACUUACCAUGUUCAUUUCUCAGAAGUUUGUUUACAAAUUCUACAAAACAUUCUACAGUGUGGUAUGAGGUGGAACUAUUAGGGGCAAAAUAUAUUGUAGGUGAAGGAAUCAUAAAUUUUAAAACACAGGUGUAGAAUUUUUUGGAAUGGAGGAAUAUAAUAGUGAAGCUCUUAAAACAGUUCAAGACAUUGCUAACAAUAUUUCAAUUAUCCCAAGUAUCCCAGAGAAUCACAGACAUGAGAUGCUAAACACACUUCAAUCUAAUAUUACAGAUAGAUAUAAUGAGAAUGAAAUAGAUAUUAAUAGUAAACAUGAAAGUACAAAUAGGAAUUCUGUAGUAAAUGAAUUAGCAGCUAAUUUGUUAAGUACUUCAAAGAGCUUCCACCAGCAUCCAGAACCUACUACAAGUGAAUUGCAAAUUAGUUCUUCAUGUAUAGAAUCUCAAAUAGCAAAUAUUCAUAGUCCUAAAGAAGGAGUUGAAGACACAAUAAGCACAGAAAGGAUUAAUGAUUCUGUAGAACCCUUGGAUUGGGAUAGUACACAAGGUAUUAGUUUUACAAAUAAAAAUAUAAAGGAAUCUAUUUGCAAUACCUCUGCAGACUCCUUCAGAAAUAUGGAAAAUGAAGAUAGCCAAUCCGUUGGAAAUCCAAAUCAACCAGAAGCGAUUUCUACCGCCUUAAAUGAACCUAUAGAAGUGCAAACAGACAAGAGUUCUAUCAGUUUACCUUUCGAAAGUGAAAAACAAGUAGAAUCUUUGGAUAAAGAUGAAACUAAACAACAUACAUAUAAUUCACUUGAUAUAUUUGGUAGAAACAGGUAUGAUGAUGACAAUGUACCUCAUGAAAGUACUGAAUUAACAAUGUUGGAUGAUCUAUCGGAAAUACCUAGUGAGAGUUUUGCAGGAUUAGAACAUGUGGCUAAUAGAUCAUUUAGUAGUAACAUAUUUGGAGUAGGUUCUACUGAUAAAGAGAAACCCAGUAGUGACCUGAGUGAUGUAACUAAUAGCGAAAAAACACAGGAAACCAUGUUUCAACAAACUGAGAAAAGCAAUACAGAAUCUGAAGCCAAAGAAGAUGGUUCAUUGUUACAGGAAAAAGAAUUAUUAGUUGAAAAAUCUACUGCUAAUGAUAACACAGAACCAUCUGUCAAAGAAAACGUAACAUCAAUUGAAACUGAAAGUAAUGUAAGGGAAACUGUAGAUCAAUGUUUGAAAGACAGUGAAAAACAAGAUACAGAAAAAACUGUUGAUUUAAUGACAGAGAAAGAAAUCACUACUGAUGCAACCAAUGACAGAGAUUUAGUGAUAGAAAAAGAAAUCACUACUGAUGUAACAAACGACAGAGGUUUAAUGACAGAGAAAGAAAUCACUACUGAUGUAACAAGUGACAAAAAUUUAAUGGCAGAGAAAGAAAUCACUACUGAUUUAACCAACAAUAAGGAAAAAACUGUCAAUACAAUAGUGGACUGUCAGAAGACUGUUGAUUCAACAACAGUGGACAAUGAGAAGACUGUUGAUUCAACAACAGUUGACAAUGAGAAAACUGUUGAUUCAACAACAGUUGACAAUGAGAGGACUGUUGAUUCAACAACAGUGGACAAUGAGAAGACUGUUGAUUCAACAAUAGUGGAUAAAGAAAUGAUUGCAGGUUUGACAGAAUCAAAUAAAGAUAAAGAGUCUACUGAAACUGUAAAAGAUGUGUCUGAAAAAGAGAAAUCAUCCAAUUCCAAAGGUGUUGAUGGAAUUUCUUUUGAUAAAGAUAACAAUAGGGAAGGUGCUGAUGCAGAAUUGUGUAUUAUUCCUGAUACAGAAAGAGUUAUUUCUCAGGCUGAAAGGGAUGCUGCUUCUUCAAUGCGGCCACUUCGUGAUAUCAGUGAAGCCAGUACAUCAAGUCAGGUGAAUAACACUGAUGGAUCGUCAGAUAAGUCAGAUGGUUCUUCCAUAGUAGUUUUCAAACAUGACAGAGAUGAUUUGGAAGUAUGCAAUCAGUGUAAACUAAAAAGAAAAGUCCAAUAUUACUAUUGUAUGAAAACUAAUGGAACACAUUAUUAUCUUUGUGAUGAUAAUUGCUUAAAUGAUUUUAAAAACAGCCACGCAAAUAAGGUUGUUUUAAAUUGGGUAGACCAGUGUCUAAGGGUUAAAGACUUUAAUCAAGAAACAAGAGAUUCUGUUUCACUUAUAAGGAGGUGUGCUUCAUGUAAACGAGAAACUAAUGAUAUUAAUCAAAAUUUAACGUGGGAGAUUAUGGAUUUUUGCAACGAACAUUGUUUAACAAAAUAUCAGAAAGAUACAGGCUCACAGUGUUCGAAUUGUAAAGGAGAUGUGCAAAAUCACUUUCUUGGGAAAUACUGUGUUAGAUUUGGUAAUGACAUUAGGCAAUUCUGCACAAGUACAUGUCUUGAUAAAUACAAGAAAUUUCUUAGAGUGUGUUCAUACUGUCAGCAAGAUAUUUCUGCAGGAGAUUCUCCAUUUGUGGCACCAGUUGGAGAUAAAGGUCAAUUUAAAGACUUUUGCUCUCAAAUUUGUAUGGAGAAAUAUGAUAUAAUGGCCACUGGUAGAACUCUUACAGUGCCUCCAGGUACAAUCUGCUCAGUUUGUAAAAAAGAAAAAACAAUCACCAUUGAAUUUGAGUUAGAUUCAUCUCUCAACUAUUUCUGUGGUGAGAUAUGUUUUGUGGCUUUCAGUUUUGUAAAAAAUAUUAAGACAGGAAAAUGUGCCAUGUGCUCUAGGCAUUUUCAAAAAUCAACUCUUGAAAAGCAUUCAAUGUAUUAUGAUAAUGUUCAGUACAGUUUUUGCUCCACCAGCUGUGAAAAUAUCUACAUUAUUGCCAACAGAAAAAUAGUAAAUUGCAGUUGGUGUAAAGUAAAGAAGUAUAAUUUUGAUAUGAUACGACAAUACAACAAACAAGGAUCUACAAUAAACAUGUGCAGUGUAAACUGUCUUAACCUGUAUAGGUUUUCAAUUGAAAGAAAUAAUGUUUGCAGUCAUUGUCAUAAGGUUGUUCCUCCUUUGUAUCAUUUAAAAAGUCAUGAUGGCGUGAUGAGAAGCUUUUGUACUUAUAAUUGCGUAACAAACUUCCAAAAUAAAUUAACAGGUAAUAUUGGAGCAGCUAUACGUAAUAGGGAAGAGAGUCCAAUUUCCAUGGUUUCUACGAGAAAGGGUAAAAGAAGUACAGGAACAGAUACAAAUGUAGCUGUGUCUGACGUGCCUGUCGUGCCUGUGAUGCCAAUAGUUUCCAGUUAUCAGAGUCUUGCCAACACCAAUGGUACUUUUCUACCUCCUCCACCUGUGCCUUCUAAAGGUACUCGAUUCACCCGUUCAAAGAGUUCUUCAGGAACAAGCCUUUUGGCUUCUACCCCUAGAGUAAUUAGCUCAUUAUCAGAAAUACCAUUCCAAGUUCAAAUCAAACAUCAUUUCAUUUUAAAGCAGGCACCUAUACCUGAUCAAAGAACAGUUGCAACUAUGUGUUCUACUAAAAAAAUGAAUGUAGGAAUAAGUGCAACACCUACUAUGGUAGAUCAGGAAGUUCAGACCGAUGAGAGAGAAGCCAUCAAGAUUUUGAUACCUGUACCAAUUCCAAUUUAUGUGCCCACACCGAUGCAUAUGUACAGUACACCAACCCCUGUUCCGGUUCCUAUUCCAAUACCAAUACCUGUUCCAAUAUUUAUACCUACAACGAGAAAUUCAGCUGCUGGAAUUAUGAAAGAAAUUAAGAAAAUUCAAGUGAAGAUUCCAACAGAUCCAUAUGAAGCUGAACUUCUGAUGAUGGCAGAAAUGGUAGCUGAAGAAAAGAAGGAUGACAUCACCGAUUCAGAAAGUGAUGUUGACGACACAGGUGGUCCAGAAGAUAGUUACAGCCCUGAACCUGUUGAUGCUAGCAACACUUUUGGUGACGACAUGUUGCAAAUGGCAUUAAAGAUGGCUACCGAACUAGAUGAACCUGCAGUUGACCUGGAAGGGGCACUGACAGCAAAUACUAUAACAGCGUCACAAGGUGGUGAACCACAUCAUCCCCAAGAUGAGAAUGUAGACGAAACUCAGCCCAUGCAUCAUCAUAUGAUGGAGAGGAGCCCAUCAGCAAGAGGAAGAAAGAGGGGAAUGAGGCAAGCCAGAGGAGGAACUAAGCGUGGCAGGAGAAUGUCCCAUCAUCAAGUUGAUAUGCCAAUGAUGCAGCAUCACCAAGUACAGCAGCCUCCUCCACCUUCAGAACCUGCUGAGAAGCCAGAUGCUAACAUGUGUUUGAAGUACACCUUUGGAGUAAAUGCCUGGAAGCAGUGGGUUACUACGAAAAAUUCUGACUUAGAAAAAACUCGCCAUGUGAAACUCUUCAAAACUGAAAUUCUACAGUUAACGGCUGAUGAAUUAAAUUUUUCUCUCUGUUUAUUUGUGAAAGAAGUCCGAAAACCGAAUGGUGCGGAGUAUGCACCAGAUACAAUAUAUUACCUAUGUCUUGGAAUACAACAGUAUUUGUUUGAAAAUGGCCGUAUAGAUAAUAUAUUUUGCGAUCCAUACUAUGAAAAAUUCACAGAUUGUUUAGAUGAAGUGGCAAAGAAGUUUUCAAUCCUGUACAAUGAUUCGCACUACAUCGUUACUAGAGUUGAAGAGGAACAUCUGUGGGAAAGUAAGCAGUUAGGAGCUCAUUCACCGCACGUGUUACUGAGUACUUUGAUGUUUUUCAACACUAAACACUUCAAUCUCACAAGUGUAGAUGAACAUAUGCAGCUGUCUUUCUCCCAUAUAAUGAAGCACUGGAAAAGAAAUCCAAACCAACCCGGUGCUUCUAAAGUACCGGGUUCCAGAAAUGUCCUUUUAAGGUUUUACCCUCCACAAAGUGCAAUCCAAAAUAAUGUAAGGAAGAAGAAGGUCUAUGAACAACAAGAAAAUGAAGAAAACCCUCUAAGAUGUCCCGUAAAACUGUACGAAUUUUACCUGUCUAAAUGCCCUGAAAGUGUAAAAACAAGAAAUGACGUGUUCUACUUACAACCAGAACGAUCUUGUGUUCCAGACAGUCCAGUAUGGUAUUCAACAAUGCCGCUACCAAGAGAGGCACUCGAAAAGAUGCUUCAUAGAGUAAAAAUGGUUAAGGAGAUUAAUGUUGCUCUUUUAACAAGUUAAUUUUUCAGUUGUAACGCAGCCAUAAUAUAUUUGGUACUGUUGAGUUGAAGUUGAUAACAAAAGAUAAACUAACAAAUGUCUUGAUAACGAUUGACCUAUUUUUUGUGUUCCAUUUUUAUUUCGAACAUUCAUUACUAUCUGUUAGUUAUGUGUUGUCAAUUUCUUGUUUGCAAAUAUUGAUUUAUAUUUUUCUUGAUUGAUUUAAUUUAUAUUGAUUGAUUUCUCAUUAUAUUAAUGCCUUAUAGCUAUAAUUUUUAUGUUUAUAUAGUAAUGCAGGGGCGGCUCGUAAUAGUAGAAGGUGGUGAGGCACACUACACCUGAUGGGGCUAGUACACGUUGGGCCAAUCAGUUGGGCCAACGUGUACAGGACCACUUGGCAUGAGUUUGCGAUUGGCGGUCAGCGUUGGUCUACAAACCGAAUCUUGUCGGUAUUUGGUGCACAAAUCAAAGGAUUUUUGGGACUUGCGCGAUCUGCCAAACAGCUGUUUGGUUAUGAACACUGAACACGUUGUUGUCGUUGAGUUUAAAAUAUUUGUUUUCUGUUCUCACAAUACUGAUACUGUUUAUAAGUAUUAAUUUUAAGGUUGUGUUUUAAUAUGAAUACUUUUUUCGGUGUAAAAGCACCGUCGUUUGCGCCAUUGUUUUUUAAUCACUCUUGUUUGGUACACUUUUCUAUAAGCAUUGAACGCAUUGUACAAAUUAAUUGCGGCAGCUGCUACAGUCUCCACAUCCAUAUCCAUAAUCAGAGUUUGUUUUUUGUUUAUCCACUAAGAAAGGUUAACGCAGACUGAUAACUCCACCAACGUGUAAUCACCAUGUAUUCACUGUUCUUACCUGGCCCAACUCAGGGGCCAACUGGUUGGCCCAACGUGUACUGGAGCCAUGAGGAAUUUUAUUAUGAUGGUUAGCUUCUCUUUAAUGGCCGGAAGGUCGAUUUUGUGACGUCAUAACGCUAGGACGAAGCUAGGACAAAUAAUCCCGGACAAAAAAUCCCCACAAAUUAUCCCUGGAUAAAAAAUUCCCAGAAAAAUAAUCCCCGGACAAAAAAUCCCCGGACAAAUAAUCUCCGGACAAAAAAUCCCCACAAAAAAUUCCGGGCAAAUAAUCUCCACAAAUUAUUUAGACAAAAUAUCCCCACAAAAAAUUCCGGACAGAAAAUCCUUAAGAAAUAUUUGCUGCCGAUUAGUUCUCUAAAAGUUUUCCCGUGAAUGCGAUCGACUCAAAUGCUUUCAGCCUCAGUGUAUAGAGUUAUUUUGAAUUCCAAUUCCAUAUCGAAAACUUCAAAUUUUACGUAACAAAAGAGUGUGAGUUUUUUCAGAAAUCGUGGAAGAUAUGGGAAUGAGGUAAGGCUGUGAGGAUCAUGUUCCAAUAUUAUUUGCUUAAAUCUUUUGCUCACUCUGAUUUGAAUAACUAUGUUCAAAACAUUGCCAUUGUCCAAAAAAAUUUGUGGGGAUUAUUUGUCCGGGAUUUUUUGUGGGGAUUUUUUGUCCGGGGAUUAUUUGUCCGGGGAUUUGGGGAUUAUUUGUCCGGGGAUUAUUUGCCGAACCCUCGCUAGGGCGUCUACAAAACGGCACCGUAUUUAUUUUAAUGCUUACAAACGAUAUUAAAAUAUUAAAUAACAAAUUUAUUCGCAAAAGAAUAGUAACGAAAGCUCUAAGCCUACAACAGGUUCACACUCAUAGGAGCUGUUUUUUAGCUAAAAAUAAUUACUAGAUAAUACCACAUAUCAAACCAAUAUGAAUAAGAUGUUUCGUCCUUCCUUGGUCUCAUCAGCGUUGUACAGCCAUAUUAAGCAAAUGUUACAUUACAUACCUACUACAUGACAAUAACGGACAACUGAUUCUGUUAAUAUUAAUCAGUUGCCAAAAUGAAAUUAUUGUACGCAAACAAUAUACCCAUAAACACGUGAUAACUUCAUUUUAGAACCAAUAUUAUAUUGUAAAUGUAUUGAAUAUAGGUAAAUACAAACAAGCAAGUAAGCAAAUUACUGUUAUAUUAUAAGAUUGAUUUUUAUGCUAAGUAAACUAAGGGUUAAACUUCGUUUUUUGGUAUUUUAUUUUAUGUUUUUUUAUAAAAAGCGUGCUUAUAAGAAAAUAAAUCAUUAUAAAAGAAA